AUGGACUUUGAUCUAGAGGAGCUCGUGCAUGUAGAGCAAACAUUUUACGACGAAGGAUACCGGGACGGUUACGCGCACGGACGCAUACAUGGUCUCAUAGAGGGCAGGGCCCUCGGUCGCGAGAAAGGAUUCGAGAUGUGGGAAGAACUCGGCUUCUACGAAGGCUUUGCACUCAUGUGGGCCGCCAUCCUCGAAAAGCAAGGAAGACGAGACGACCGGGCUGCCAGCAACAUUAGGCAUCUGCUCGACCUCAUUGCGCAAUUCCCUAAGUUCAAUCCGUCAGCAGCCGAACCGUCAGAGCUAGACAUACCGAAGCUCUUCCGCCAAAUCCGCUCGCGUUACAAAGCACUGUGUGCUACGCUGGGUGUGAGACCCACGUUGCGUGCAGGCGGAGCCGCUGGCUCUCCGGAUGGCGACGAGGAUCCCGCACAUUCUCCAAUAGAGGACGCGUCAACUGACAGCACGACUGUCUGGAAGAUCGAUAACAAACCUAGGGCUCGGGGGAACAAUGAUCUCAGCUUUUGAGCUGGUGAUUGUACAAACACUAAUAUCAAUGUGGGAAGUUGCUUCCUCAUCGCACCAUUUGCACACGCGUUCAGGUGCACAUCGGACCACAGGUCGACCCUGGCUGCCUGUCCACCGGGUCAUACUUGCACUCCCUGUGGCCACUUCGCGUGCAAUGUCAAGUGCUCCCAGUCAUGGCCAGCAAGCGUGUGCGACAGGUUUAGCAUAUGACAUCAUCAGGACACGCUGGCGAUCUCGAUUGGUGGGCGGCCAUACGAACAAUGCAGUACUUACCCAAUAUACACCCGUUCUCUUUGUAGAGCGUGCCUUCUCGACCGACACGACUCAUCUCGAGUCUAUCAUCGCUUCGGAAGGUCUCUCUUUCUGUAUAUGUGACUCCGCCCGCGAUCCUCCGCUCGCGAUUGCUUCCCGCUUCCCGUUGUCUCCGUUUCGUG